UCUCACAUUCAGUUACGGGCCCGGUCGCACGUCGGCACACACACGCCGAGCGCCCGUCCGCCGCUUUCCGCGGCUCGAACGCACCCUUCCGCUCGCACCCUGACUUCAGGACGCACCUGACAACAUGAAUUCGAACGCUCCCACACCUGACCACCCUGCCGAGGAGGAAAACUUCCAGCUCGUCUGGCACAACCACCAAAGCAACUUCCACGAGGUCGUGGCUGACCUUUUGACGACCGAGGCUUUUGCCGACGUCUCCCUGGUGUCUGAGGGCUGCAUGGUUCGCGCUCAUCGGCUUGUGCUGUCCGCCUGCAGCCCCUACCUGCACAGCCUGCUUAGCGCAUUGCCCGCGUCACCCAACGUGCACCCCGUCCUGUUGCUACCCCCCGAGGUGUCGCUCAGCACUCUGCGCACGCUCCUGGCCUUCAUGUACCACGGGGUAGUACACGUGCCCCACGCAGCCCUCGUCGCCGUUCUACAGGCUGGAGAUAUUCUCAAGGUGCGCGGAUUGUGCAGAGAGGAAGAGCCGCUGCAAGAUACACAGCACCCAUCAAGGACAGCAACACCCCCUAUGCCGCAAGUUCGACCAGAAUCUCUCCCCCAACAAAAUCAGGAGCAAACGUCCCGAGUAAAAGAAGAGCCAUAUGACUGGAGUUUGGAACAAGUGGUGCAGCACCACCUUGCAGAAUCAGAGGACGUCCUUUCCGAGAAACAUAAACCGUGCGGACCACUGCCCACCUGCAGCACCCACUUCCAGAAAGACAAAAGCAAAUCUGUAAAAGAAAACUUUGAUGAAGACGAGCCGACGCCAUUGGAAUGCGAACAGUGUCACCAGGUUUUCCCGCACGCCGCCCAGUGGGUUCGCCAUCUGAAGAUCCAUCCGCCCGUAGCCGAGCCCCUGCGACCAGCCAAACCACAAGCGGUGCAUCAGAAACUCCUUCCGAAGGGAAUGCCCCACGAGCGGCAUGAACGGCGGAUCAAGUUGGUGACCAAGAAGAUGCGCAUGAACCGCACCGACCUCGAAAGCAGUUCCUCGCGGGCGCGGCGACCGCACUCUUGCUACAACUGCGGCAAGCGGUUUUCCUCGCGCGCCUCCCUCUGCAUCCACAGCCGGACGCACACAGGCGAGACGCCCUUUCGGUGCGACCUAUGCGACAAGGGCUUUAACGUCAAGAGCAACCUGAUGAGACACCUGCGCACCCUGCACAACCGAAUCAUGACGCCGAGUCCGACGUACAUGGAGGCGCCGACUCCGUGAGACGUCUGCAAAUCCCGAGCUUUGAAUUUCAAUGUUUUCCAUGGGCUGCACUAAUUUUUUUCUCAUUCAUUAAAUAAUAUGUGCAAAUUUCAUUGCUGUACUAUUUUUGUGGCUAACUUAAUAGAUUUUGUGUCUCAUGCUUCAUAUUGCUCAAAAUGUUUGCGCUGGAUGUAGUUCCUCCUCCGAUUUUCAGCUAUCUAGCUCGCUAAGUGGUAUUCGUGUCAAACUGACUUAUAGGAUUAAGAUAAACUGAUCUCAUUAACCUGUCUUUUCGCUGUACUUAAUUAAUAGGGUUCUGGAUUUUUCUAUCUCUCUUUGUGCCGACAUCGAAUUUGGCUGAUAAUCAAAAGUGGAAAAGAUUUACUCUAAAUGCAUGCAGAAAUUUUUAUAUUUUUAAUGUGUACCUGCAUUAGCUGACUGUAGUCUGGUUUCAAUAAAGAAUCAUCU